AAAUUGUUAACAUUAGUCAGGGAUUUUUGAAAAAAUUGAACCGUGCCACCGUCUUUCGGUGGAUCUCGACAGCAGCAUACGUACCAGUUCUCGGGCGAGGCGGCGGCGAUCCAGUGCAGAAGAGGAGAAUCGGGGUUCCUCCAACGAGGUGACAGUGGAGAGUGAUGGCCGAAAGUUCUUCUUCAAUUGACAUGUCUGCCAUGCCUAAAUUUCCAUCAACAAAUCUUACUAUCCUUGCCAUUGAUACUGAUCUCAAAGUUCUUGAGUUCAUCGAGAAAUCAUGCAACAAGAAUUCUCAUCAAGCUAAGAUAUGCUCUGAAUCUUCAAAUGCGGUCAAACUUUUGGCAGAAAAAGAAAUAGACUGUCAUUUGAUUAUCAUGGAACUCAAUAUGCCAGAGAUCAAUGGCUAUGAAUUUCUGGAGUUUCUUGAUGACGAAGCAAUUGAUGUUCCUUUCAUUAUGAUGUCUGAGGAUCGAACUCUGGCUUCCCAAGAGAAGGCUUUUAGACUUGGAGCUUGCGAUUAUUGGUUUAAACCCUUAUUUAAGUAUGAGGUUUUUUUCGAGAAAAAUCAUUUCUUGUCACCUAUGAUGCGACAUCAUAUAUACUUCAAACGCAUAGGGAUAAAUCUUGAUAGCUUGAAAGAAGAUGAAAAAGGUGCGUUAGGUUAUGAUUCUGAUGAAGAAGCCGAAGCCAAUGAUGAUAGUCCCCAUUCUGAUGAAGAAGCCGAAGCUGGUGAUAAUAGUCCUCGUAAGAAAGAAUAGUUUAGUAUGAUUAACAGACUACUGCUAAAUACAUUACUAUUAAAAUAAUACUACUGCUAAAUACAUUACUAUUAAAAUAAUUCAUUUCCUUUCUUAAUUCAUUACUAUCCUUGAAUUGGUUAUGAGUUGUUCAAUUUAUUUCUCAUUUUACUUAAGUAUUUGUCAA